UUGAACUUUCUGACCGAGACGCAGGUGUCCUCUCCGGCUGAUGUCUCGUAUCUCUCCUACCCGGGGUACAAACUGGAACACUCCUUUGUGCCUCGGGCUGGAGUUUGCGUUUAUGUCAGAGAGGACGUCUGUUCUCGACGCCUCGGCAGUCUUGAAGGUUCGGACCUGUCCAUCCUUUGGCUACGCGUAGACAGCGACGACCAUCCGCGCGUCUACGGGUGCCUCUAUAGGUCCCAUAGCGGUAAUGCCGAAACAGACCGACUCUUCGAUCACGUCCAAAUGGCUACAGAUUCGUUGCCAAAGCAGAUCCCCUCCGCAGAGAUCGUGAUCGUCGGCGACUUUAACGCCCAUCACGCCGAAUGGCUUGGUUCACGUUUAACCGAUCAUGCGGGGAGAUCUGUUCAUGAUUUUGCCUUGGCAUAUGGUCUGACUCAACUGGUUACUUCGCCUACGCGGAUUCCAGAUGUGGAGGAUCAUGCACCUUCCCUGUUGGACCUUCUGCUGACCUCUCACCCAGACGGAUAUCAGAUUUCCGUCGACGCCCCUUUAGGCUCCUCGGACCAUUGUCUUGUUCGGAGUGUGAUGCCACUCACGCUGAAAUCGCAGUUGUAUUCUGCAGGCUGCCGCCGUGUUUGGCACUAUAGGUCAGCCGAUUGGGAUGGGAUGCGGUCUUUCUUUGCAUCCUACCCUUGGGGGCGGGUUUGCUUCUCGCCGGACGAUCCCAACUUUGUUGCGGAUUCUGUCGCCGAUGUGGUAUUUCAGGGUGUGGAACUUUCGCCGUGA